CUUGGUACUGACCCCUCCACAGAACUUCAAGACUUGCCCCGAGAAAUCUUUGCUGUUGAUCCAACCAGUAUGUGUUCAACUCCAAACACAGAGGUUCUCUAUAGGUGCAGGAAAUGCAGGCGUGCUCUGUUCCGUAGUUCCAGCAUUUUGUCCCACAUGGAAGGAAGCGGACCGGCGGCCUUUGCCCACAAGAGGAUAACGGACUCUGCUCAGCUUUGCGGUGAUGGCCGUGAAAAGUGUACAUCUUACUUCACCGAGCCCGUGCAGUGGAUGGAGCCAGCGUUGCUUGGAGUAAUGGAAGGACAGCUUCUGUGUCCCAAAUGCAUGUCGAAGCUGGGCUCCUUCAGCUGGCGGGGUGAGCAGUGUUCCUGUGGCCGCUGGGUGACUCCGGCCUUCCAGAUCCACAAAAGUAGAGUGGAUGAAGUCAGGAUGGUGCCAGUUGGUAACUUCCAAGCUGCCAAAACCUGA